AGGAUGGGGAAGAACCCUGAGCCCAAUGACAGGGCCUCCACCUCACCCCCUGAUACAUGAGGAAUUCAAUAGAGAGAUGAUCCUAGAACUCAUCAACAAGAUGAUUGAGCUGCUGACUGGAGAGGUUCCUAUAAGGUGUCAGGACGUCGCCGUCUAUUUCUCCAUGGAAGAGUGGAAGUAUUUAGAAGAACACAAAGAUCAGUACAAGGACGUCAUAAUGGAGGAUCACCGGCACCACACAUUACCAGCUUGUGAAUCCGGGUGAAGAUCUGA